UCACCGCGUAUUUAAGUGCGGAGCGCCGGACACCGCUCUGCAGCCUGCGAGCCGGGCCGGGUCCGAUUGAACUGAACCGAGAGCAGCCGAACCCACCCCAGCCGAACCAAGUCCAGUCGAACUGUGCCCAGGCAGGUCCAAAACCGCAGCGCAUCCCGCCGGGGCCGAGCCGAGCCGAGCCGAGCCAUGCAUCUGGCGCUGCUGGCCCGGCUGCUGUCCGUCGGGCGGGCGGUGCUGGCGGCGCUGCGAGGGCGCCUGGGCGCGCUGUGCUGGAGCCUGGCUCCCCUGCCCCUGCCCCUGCCCCUGCCCCUGCCCGGCUGGCGGCACUCGGCCCCCUGGCCGCGGCGGGAGCAGGAAUGGGACGACACGGCCCCGACCCCCACCAGCGUCAAUUACCACUUCACCCGGCAGUGCAACUACAAGUGCGGCUUCUGCUUCCACACGGCCAAGACCUCCUUCGUGCUGCCCCUGGAGGAGGCCAAGCGGGGGCUGGCCAUGCUCAAGGAAGCAGGCAUGGAGAAAAUCAAUUUCUCGGGAGGAGAACCGUUUAUUCAGGACAGAGGCGAAUUCUUAGGCAAACUGGUCCAGUUCUGCAAGCAGGAGUUGGAGCUCCCGAGUGUCAGCAUCGUUAGCAAUGGCAGCCUGAUCAGAAAGCAGUGGUUCGAGAAGUACGGUGAAUUUUUAGAUAUUCUGGCAAUUUCAUGUGAUAGUUUUGAUGAAGAUGUCAAUGUUUUAAUUGGCCGUCGUCAAGGAAAGAAGAACCAUGUGGAAAAUCUGCAUAAACUGAGACAGUGGUGCCGAGACUAUGCUGUUGCUUUUAAAAUAAAUUCAGUCAUCAACAGAUUUAAUGUUGAGGAAGAUAUGAAUGAGCAGAUCAAGGCGCUCAACCCUGUGCGCUGGAAGGUAUUCCAGUGCCUGCUUAUUGAAGGGGAGAACAGUGGUGAGGAUGCCCUAAGAGAGGCAGAAAAAUUUGUUAUCAGUGAUGAAGACUUUGAUCGAUUCCUGGAUCGCCACAAAGGUGUCUCCUGUUUGGUACCUGAAUCUAAUCAGAAGAUGAGGGAUUCAUACCUCAUUCUAGAUGAAUAUAUGCGUUUCCUAAACUGCAGAAAUGGACGGAAAGAACCUUCCAAGUCUAUCCUGGAUGUCGGUGUAGAAGCAGCUAUAAAAUUCAGUGGAUUUGAUGAGAAGAUGUUCCUAAGAAGAGGAGGAAAGUAUGUGUGGAGUAAAGCCGAUAUGAAACUGGACUGGUGACUCAAUAUACUGAGUUAGGGCAGUGCAUUCUGUAAAAGCAGGUGUAUAUUAAUAGGUGAGUGUAUACUUGUAUCUAAUGCUUUUAACUACACUUGGUAUUUUACACAGACUGAAGUUCAGUAUAACUCUGUGAAUAGUUUACAUGUUUUUAAAAUGCAGUUUACAUUGUCUAUUAUUUUCCAGAGCAUGACCAAAUACUUUCAGAGCUUUCACAUGAACAGAUCUCUGAAAUAAGUGUUCUAGUCCAUUGCACCAAGGACUUAAAGGAAAACUGUUUUUAUAAAAUACUACAUGGGUGUGCAUGCCAGAUAACAAACCAAAAGACACCCCAAUCUCUAAUUCACUCUAAAUAGCUAUAAUGAUGAAGUCAAAAUUCUUAUCAGGGAAUGCAUUCUGCCUGUUUCUUGGGGAAAGAGGAAUUGCAGUUCCUGGGUGGAUCACUGGAGGGCCAGCUGGCAGGCCUCUGGAAGAACCCUCUGCUUUUUUCAGGGGUAAUAGAGUCAGAAUGUAGGUAUCAUUAAGUAAUAAUGUAUUUAAAAGGAAAACAAGGUGAAAAAAUUGGCAAUUUUUAUCCUUUAGGACUUAAUUGUAACAGCAUCUUUUUCCUCUCCUCUGUAUACACACAUGAUAUUUGCAAAAACAUGUUGGGGAAUGUAAUUUUCUGUGAAAACAUAUUUUUAGUCAUGAAAAUAUGUUGUAUUCAUUCAUCCUAAAACCUAGACGUACAUUUUACAUAAUGAAAAACAACAUCAUAUUUCACUUUGGCAAUGUCCUUAGUUCUAACAAAUAUUUACAGUGAAACAUUGUUUUAAUUGUGUUAAUAUCUCUAUUUUCCUCUCAUCUGCAAAUAUUGAUUUAUUAUUUUAAAUUAUUUUUGAAGUGUGGGCAUACAGUUCUGAUGAAGAUUCCUUCUCAAAUUAACUAAUACCAUGUAGAACAACCUAACAUAUAUCUUCUGUUGCAUACUAGCUUUUUAUCUUGCUAAGCUAACUAUAAACAACAAAGUUCAUAUUAUCAAGCAGCCUUGUUUUAAACCUUUUUUUAACCUGCAGACAUUAAAUGAAACUAAUUUGGUUUUGUGAGAGCUGCCUUUAAGAGCAAGUAGCAUCAAUAUAAAAUACAAAAAUACAAAAAAAAUUCCUCAAAACCUGAAAAAUAAUCUAAAAUACUGCCCUCAUUCUUGGUUUUCUGGCAAUUGUUAUGGCUUUUUAAUCCAGGUUUUCAAAUUUAACUAAUCCCAUGCUCCCUCUGUCUGAAGGGCACAGGGAUAGACAUUGCACAGAGCAGGAGUGAAUGGCACUACUCAUGCAUGCUGUCCACUGAACUCAAUGUCUGCACUGUCUCACACAUUUAAACAUUUGCAGCAGUUGGGAGCCAGCAUGCAUUAAAUGUACCACGUAGAGAAAAUGACACCUUCUUUCAUUUUUUGGAAAUGCUAGUUGAUUUUUAAGAAGCUUUUGAAAAAAAUGUUUUGCAUUCACCUAAUGUGUCUUCAAAGUUGAAGGGGGAAAAUACUUAAGUAGGAGCUGUUUUUCUGUGUAAAGGAAAGCAGUCUUCUAAACACACUGUGAAAAUAUUUCCAUUUAUAAUUCCUUCAGUUUCUAUUUUUACUGUCCUAACGGUAAAAGAGCACUCAGUGGUGCUCUUUUGUUCCUUUGUAUUUUGCAUUUUGCAAUCACAACACUUCCUAGACACUGACAUUUCAGUAUUUUUUUUUCUUGUAUUAACUAAGUGACAUUUAAAAUGUGGCCCACACACAGUAACCCCACAGUCCUUUGGCAGCUGUUUCACUGACCUUGGCUGGAGUUCUCCCUGGCUCUAUGGGCAGUGCAAAUUUAUGUAACUGGGGUUUGACUUCCCCUGCUCAAAUAUUAAAUCUAGUCUUCCUCAGUACCUACACCACACUGAUAGAAAAGAAGCAUUUUCCUUUGCUGCUGGCUCAGUCCCAGCAUAGGGAAAGAUUUAGUGCAUCAAUGUACCAAAAAAAUCUACCACCCUGCAGCUUCUGCAGAAAAUGCCAGCUGUAGCACAGCACACAGAUAUGACGUACACAAACUCCUGUUCAGAUCCAGAAAUCUCACCAUUCUUGCUUUGCAUUUUACUCAGUAAAUGGCUAUUCUUUUGCUUCCUCUGUGCCUACAGAGGAAGCUGCAGGAGAAACAAGGAGAUGAAAAUGUCAAAAUCCAGUAAAUAAUGCACAGACAUUUAAGAUGGGUUUUGUUAGAAGGCUCUAUGCUACCUUCUUAAAAUGUUAGGGAUUUGACAUCACCUCUUAUUAUCAUACAUAAUUAGUAAAACGUUUCUGCUCUAUGUGAUACUCUUUUUCAAAGGAAAUAGGAGUUGUGUACAUUGGAAAUGAAGAAUCUCACACUACAGUUUGGGAGUCAUUUAAGUUAAUGAACAGCUAUUGGUAUUUUUAUAUGCUAAAUUUAUUGUUGUGUAAAACAACAAAAAAAUUGCUGCAGUUGAUGAAUGUAGUUUAUUUAAAAAAAUAAUUGUAAAAACAGUUCAUAUUGGACCAAAAGUGGACUUCAGGCUUUCAUUAUAUAGUAGGGGCUACCUUUCAGUAUGGGACCAGAAAAAUAAAACUGAAUUCAACAGGGUUACUCCCAGGCUUAGUGAUUACAGGUCAGGUGUAUUGUGAUUGUAAAAAGUCAGAAUUAAAUUUAAGUCUUAUAAGCAUGGAUAUGCUUAAUUGUGUAUUUGUAUAGUAUCAUACUAUUGCAGCUACACACUUGCUAAAAAUGCUGGACUGGGAAGGAACUGACACUGCAUUCUACUAAAAUUAUACAAUUGUAUCCAUUUGUAAGAUAUUUAGAGAAUGAGUGUUUGGGAGGAUGACUUCUGAUAAAAUUGUGGCUAUACCUUGGGUAAUGAGUAAAAUUGUCACUUAAGAUGCACUUUAGGAUACCCUCUUUUUCAGUGUGAAGGACACUGAUACAUUUGAAUGUUACAAAUGAUGAAUUUUGGAGUAAUAGUAUCAAAUAAUUAGUGCUAAGUAUUUCACUAGCAUGUUGCACCUUUCAAUAAAUGUUUUUAUUUUCCUAA